AUAUAUAUAUAUAUAUACAACAUUAUCAUCAAUUUUAUAGUAUAUUUUAAUAUUGGGUUGUAGCAUUUCGAUAUCCAUCUGCAGAUCCCAACCUUGUUUCUCUUGCUCUCUAUCUCUCUGUUUUAGUUUCUGUCUCUGUCUUUCAGAUUCUCUCAUCAGAUAAAAAGGAGAAAACUUUCUGUGUAUUUUCGACUCGAAAAAUUCUAUUAUGUCUGGAAUCCUAAGAUGGAAGCAGAAGCUGAAGCGAAUUCCUCUGUUUGUAUCAUCUUCUUCCAACCAUCGCUUCAACCAGAUAUCCCCUAUAUCCACCCACCUCAACCACCUCCACAUCGCCACGCAUCGCCGGCGAGAGUCCCUCGUCGGAGUUCAGGAGCGUUACAAGUGGGACCAUGGUGGCUCCGACGAUGUCCGAACCCGGAAGAUCAGAGCCGAAGCCAAUUGUCCACGCUGUUCUUUCAACCGUAUGGACCUCCUCUUCUCCAACCGUCGAUUGCCCAAUCUAUCCCUUCCCGAUGAUGAUAAGUCAAAGGUUAAAGCUCCUACAACCGAUUAUCAGGCCGUCAAUCUUUGCCCCAAUUGCAAAACUGCAUACUACUUCCGACCUCACAGGAUUGCUCCUCUCCAGGGGACGUUCGUUGAGAUUGGAAGGCUCACCAGUAACAAUACCGGCAAUAAAUCCCAGAGCUCCGACAAGAAGGGUGGUCUUGCCAGAAACGCUUCGAAUGGCGGCGAUGUGGAGGUGGAUAAUAAGCUGAGGGUGUCCGUGUGGGAUACUUUGAGGUCGUAUGGUGCUGACCCUCCUGAGAAUUGGCCUCCUCCUCCACCUGCGGGUAAUGGGUUGGCUGUACAUACUCCUCCAGGUCCGCCUUUCGCUCCUGGGGUUAAUGUGAUUCGGGCUUCCGGGCCUGGUGGGAAUGGGUCCGGUGGUGGAGGUGGUGGUAAUGGAGACAAGAAUUGCUGGGGAGGCUCUAAUUUGGGGAAGGAUUUACCUACGCCAAAGGAGAUUUGCAAGGGUCUAGAUAAGUUCGUUAUCGGCCAAGAAAGGGCGAAAAAGGUGCUUUCAGUUGCUGUAUAUAACCACUAUAAAAGAAUAUACCAUGCCACGCUGCAAAAAGGGUCAGAAGCAGAAACAGAAAUUCCUGAGACCACAGAUGAUGAUGAUAACGUAGAGCUAGAAAAGAGCAAUGUGCUCCUGAUGGGCCCAACUGGCUCGGGGAAGACGUUGCUUGCAAAAACACUUGCUCGAUUUGUGAAUGUUCCAUUUGUCAUGGCUGAUGCAACAACUUUAACACAGGCUGGUUAUGUUGGAGAAGAUGUUGAAUCAAUUUUGUAUAAACUACUUGCGGCAGCUGAAUUUAAUGUACAAGCCGCACAGCAAGGGAUAGUUUACAUUGAUGAAGUUGACAAGAUAACCAAGAAGGCUGAGAGCCUAAAUAUAAGCAGAGAUGUUUCUGGUGAGGGUGUUCAGCAGGCAUUGCUAAAAAUGCUGGAAGGAACUAUAGUGAAUGUUCCUGAGAAGGGGGCAAGGAAGCAUCCUCGAGGUGAUAACAUACAGAUAGAUACAAAAGAUAUUCUAUUCAUAUGUGGUGGAGCAUUUAUUGAUCUUGAGAAAACCAUUUCAGAAAGACGGCAAGAUUCUUCCAUUGGUUUCGGUGCUCCUAUCAGAGCAAACAUGAGAGCUGGUGUAACCAGUGCUACAGUGACAUCGUCUUUACUCGAAUCUGUUGAAAGUGCUGAUCUUAUUGCAUAUGGCCUCAUACCAGAGUUUGUUGGACGCUUUCCAAUUUUAGUUAGUUUAUCAGCUUUGACGGAAGACCAACUUGUUGAGGUCCUCACCAAACCCAAAAAUGCUCUUGGUAAGCAGUACCAGAAAUUAUUUAGCAUGAACAAUGUUAAGCUACACUAUAGAGAGAAGGCACUUAGACUGAUUGCAAAGAAAGCAAUGGCAAAAAAUACUGGUGCCAGGGGUUUGAGAUCGUUAAUAGAAAGCAUUCUAACUGAAGCCAUGUAUGAGAUUCCAGAUAUUAAGACAGGAAAUGAUAGAGUAGAUGCCGUUGUAGUUGAUGAGGAAUCAGUAGGUUCAUUAAAUGCUCCUGGUUGUGGGGGGAAGAUUCUUCGUGGAGAUGGGGCAUUCGAUCGUUAUCUAGCUGAGACCAAGUUAAAGGAUUCAGCGGAAAAUGUAGAGGGAACAGAGGGAGAUUUACAGGAGGGUGAAUCAGAACUUUCAUCCAGAGCCAUGAGCAUGUAACACUAAUACCAUCUUUUAGUUAUUGUUUAACAUUUGUACGUCAUUGCUAUUUGUAAAAAUCACAUUCAUAAUUCAGUGAUCGCCUUGUAAACUUGCAUAGCUUAUUGUUGAAAGUCACUGCAAAGGAAGAAAAGAGAAAUCAAAGAAAAUAGAAAAUGUAGAAUUGGCUUUUUAUCUAAAAGCAGAACAAUGUACAAAACUUAUUAUUUAAUCAGCAGAAUGAAGGGCUUUUAGUUUA